ACGGUGCUUUUGUUAGGGGAUGUGACAAGUCAGUGCGAAGUUUCUCCACUACACGGGACCAUGUCAAGAAGUCAGAAGGCAGACCAUGAGCUCACUGAGGUGCUCAACCAACUGUGGCGUCUGGACACCAACCGUUUUGAACCAAGGACUGAUUACAUCAUUAACCUCCAGGGGAGGGCAGGUUACGUUGCUCAGGGCAGUAACUAUGCCAGAGACCGGGCUCGUGCUCCGCUCUUCACAUACGUCAAUGAAAACAAACUCAAGAGUAUUGAGACAUAUGCACAUUUCAUCAACUUACUGGACAACUAUGAGUCAUCCACAGGCGUUUCAGAGAUUGUCACAUCAGAGGAGCUGCAGGAGAACAGACUCUUCAUCAACUCCAUGAUGGAGACAGAGGUUAUGAAGUGUGCUCACAAGUAUCUGGUUGGGAAGGGGCAGUCACCUUCAGACCCUGCACAGUUCAAGAAACAGCUGUAUGACAUCUGGUUUCGCCUCUACCACAGGGACCGGAGUGGAGGUGAGGAUUCUUGUGGCUUUGAACACGUGUUUGUGGGAGAAACCAAGUACGGCCAGGAGAUCAUGGGUCUUCACAACUGGGUGCAGUUCUACCUGCAGGAAAAACAUGAUCAUGUUGACUACAAAGGAUACAAAGCAAGAGACAACAAAGAUUCACCGGAUGAAGAUGAUCAUGUCCUGAACCUGCAGUUCAGUUGGAAAGGCCUGGUGAAGCCGGUAGGAGGCUCCUUCAUUGGUGUCAGUCCAGAAUUUGAGGUAGCCCUCUUCACCAUCAUCUUCCUCAUGUCGACUGAGAAGAUGACGUCUGUUGUUGUGAAAGUGGAUGAGUACGUGCUGGAGCUGGUUGUCUAUCGGCAUGGGCGAUCCAUCGGCACGUCAUUCCCGAAACUGCUCAGCAGCAACAACAGGGAUUUGUAAUAAUCCAGGAGUUACCUAAUUUCAUUAACAGUUAUUUUUACAUUUUGAUAUCAUUCUGAUGUAGUAUAAAUUAGAGACAAAUCCAAAUUUUUGCACUAAAACUCAGGUUUAAACUGUGUAUAUACCAAGUUUUAAGCCUGAUUUCUUCAAUUUUAUGGGUUUAAUGUAUGCAUCCUUGAAGUUUCCUUGGAAUUAAUAAACUAUCUAUCUAUCUAUCUAUCUAUCUAUCUAUCUAUCUAUCUAUCUAUCUAUCUAUCUAUCUAUUACCAGGUAUUAAUCAUUUAACUGUUAUAUUUUGUUUACCAUAAUGGAAUAAAUA